CGUAUCAGAAGUGGCGAGUGCAUAUGUCCUACAAUCCCUUAUCAUCCCUUCGAACUGACGUAACUUGUUUUCCAGUAGUGUUUCCCCAACAAUUGUGAGGAGAACCCACGUAUUUGCCGCGAUGUCGUAAUUACUAUCGAACCGGCUUCAGAUAAAAUUAUCUUUAAAACCCGAUGUUGCGGUGAGAGAAAUCAUUUAAACGCACUCGACUGAUAUCGGAACACUGCGACACAUUGUUUUUUUUUAAUCGUAUUUUUAUUGCGCGACUUCAAUACUGUAGUGUUAUUGUGUGUUUUAGUGCGAAGUGACUUAAAAGUGUAAUGUUUAAGUGAGAAAUAGUAACUGGAUUCACAGCCGUUUAUUAAGGCGUUAACGCGUUAUUAGGCACAAGGCCUUUGAUAUUUCACACAAUCACAAUGAGUCUUCACCGUCGUGUUAGUAACGAAUCGAAUAAUUGAAAAACUGCAUACGAUUGUAGCUCAUUCAUCUAAAAUAAAGAUAUCAAGAUUGAUCUAAGAACAGAAAUAGCGAAGAAAUAUUUAUUAUUGAAACCAACUUUAUAUAAUAGCGAUAAGGAUGAAAUUCUCAAUGUUUUUACUGAUUACUUGGAGUCUGCUGGCGUGUGUAGUUUGCACGAGUUACUUCUUUGGCAAGAAGACUUCUGAAACCAAGCUCUUGAUACGUGAGAAGGUGAUAUUUUUCGCCAUACCAUGGAAGAAAAGGGUUGAGACGUACACAUACAAUGAUAUUAUGGGAAGGGAAAUAAAGGCAAUUGACUGUCACGAUUACCAGCGUUCAGAAGCCACAGUGAACGUGACGGAGGGCGGGGUCGGCUUCACACACGUCACGCUACGGUUCAAGAGCCAAAGGAGUUACGGCCUGGAGUAUGGCGUCGAAAUAUUUGUGUAGAUCUACAGUUCUGAGCGGAGAUACUAUUGAUACAUAAAAAUCACUCAAAGAACACCUAAUUUGUGUGUACUAGAGAUGUCCGCUCUGCACGAAUUAUAUCGAGGGCUUCGACCAGUAAACGCAGCGAAUGCUAUCAGAUAUAAUUAAUUUUUAGGCUGUGGCCAUAGAAUAAGGAAUAAAGGCGUAUGAUGGGCAAUUUCUAUGAAUUUGCUUGGCAGGGAAUGAAAAUAUAGCUGAUAAGAUUGUAUUAUUCUUAUUAAACAAAAUGUAAUAUAAUAAGUUUGUUUGCGAGUGCUUUUGUAAGUUACGAAGCGUUGAAAACUGUACUUAAUUAUAGUAGAACGCUAUCCUUAAAUAGAUUGUAAUAAGUAUCAAUAUGUGUACAGAUAAAAAAAAUACUUUUGCCUGAUUAAAUAAGAUUCGGAAAC